AUGGCUCCCAAGGACGCAAAGAAAGGAGGUGCCUCCAAGGCUCCUAAGGGCACCAAGCAGGCCAACGCUGCGGCGAAGGCUGCCCUUAAGGGUUCCCACUCCGAGAAGAAGACCAAGGUCCGGUACACCACCAGCUUCCAUCGUCCCAAGACCCUCCAGCUCUCCAGGGCUCCCAAAUACCCCCGCAAGUCGGUUCCCCACGAGCCCCGUCUCGACGAGCAUAAGAUCAUCGUCCACCCCCUGAACACCGAGAGCGCGAUGAAGAAGAUCGAGGAGCACAACACCCUCGUAUUCAUUGUCAACGUCAAGGCGAACAAGGCCCAGAUCAAGCAGGCUCUCAAGAAGCUCUAUGAUAUCGACACUGUCAAGAUCAACACCCUGGUUCGUCCCGAUGGCUCCAAGAAGGCUUACGCUCGCCUUACACCCGAUGUCGACGCUCUCGACAUUGCCGCCACCAAACUGGCCCUCGUCUAA